AUGAAUACCAAAAAUGCCACUCGAGAAGAGAAAAAAAAGGAGUUAGAAUUAAACGAGGCCAGGAAAGCUGGCAAGGUGGAAGCUUUAAAAGAUGAAGAAGGCAAUGAUAUAAACCCUCAUAUGCCACAAUAUAUUAUUAAGGCCCCAUGGUACUUAAAUCAAACAAAACCGGGACUGAAACAUCAAAGGUAUAAGGGAUCUGAUAAAAUAAAAAUAGAAGAAGAACGGAACAAAAAACUUUUCUUAAAUAAUAACAAGGGACAAGAUUUUUGUAAAAACUGUGGAAGCGUAGCACACAAAGAAAAAGAUUGUUUAGAGAGAACUCGAAAAAAAAAAGUGAACUAUAUGAAAAACGAUAAUGAAGAUUUUAUUUGUGUUACACAAGAUUUAGGAUAUGAUGGUAAUAGAGAUAGAUGGGUUGGAUACAAUGUUAAUAAUUUCGAUUACAUUUAUAAAGAAUAUGAAAAGAUCGUUGAGGAAAAAAAAAAAAGAAAAGCCGAAGACUUAAAGAAACAGUAUGAAAAGAAAUCAGUAAAGAAAAAAAAAACUCAUGACAAUAAUGAUGAUAAUAAUAAUGAUAAUGAUGAAAAAUCAAGCAGUGAAAGCGAAAAUUUGGAUGAAUCAUCCAAUGAAGAUAAUAAACUGAAACCCGAUGUUAUGAAUAACCAAAACUGUACAAUUAAUAAAAAUGAAAAAAAUAGAAACAUAGCUAGAAAUUUAAGAAUAAGAGAAGAUACAGCAAAAUAUUUAUAUAACCUAAGUUUAAAUUCAGCGUUUUAUGAUCCGAAAAGUAGAAGUAUGAGAGAAGAUCCUUUUGCUAAUAUUAGAAAACAUUUAAAUGAUGAUGAUAACUAUUAUAAAGGUGAAAAUUAUUAUAAUAAUACAGAUGAUGCAAUUGAAUCCAAAAAAUUAGAAGUUUUUGCAUGGGAAAGUUAUAAAAGAGGAGAAAAUGUACAUUUUAAUGCUCAACCAACUCAACUAGAAUUAAUGUAUAAAGAAUAUUUAGAAAAAAAAAAAAAAAUUAUAAAAAAAAAACAAGAAGAUAUUCUUAAAACAUAUAAAUGUCAAAAUAAUGAAGAACAACAACCUAAUCAAGAAGAACUUUUACAAUCAGAAGUAUAUACAGAAUAUAAACCAAUCGAACAAAUACAUAAUAACAAUAUGAAAAAAUAUAUUAAAGUACCUAGUAAAUAUGAAGAAGAUAUAUAUUUAUUUGAUCACUCAUCAGUUUUUGGUAGCUAUUAUGAUAAGCAUACCAAAAAAUGGGGUUACAAAUGUUGCUCCUCAACAAACAAAUAUGAUAAAUGUUUUCAAACAUAA